AUGCCCUUUGGAUUGUGGAAUGUCACUCAAACCUUCCAGCGAUUCAUUGAUCAGGUUCUGCGCGGUCUCGACUUCGUCUACGCCCACAUUGAUGAUUUGCUGGUGGCUAGCUAUGGCGCUGCUGAACACGAGGUUCAUCUUCGACAACUCUCCGAACGACUCGACUCCUUCGGUGUUGUAAUUAAUGCUGCUAAAUGUGAAUUUGGAGUCCCAAGUCUAAUCUUCCUGGGUCACUAAGUGAACUCUGAUGGGAUAAUGUCUGUCCCAGAAAAGGUUUCGGCCUUAUCAACGUUCCCCGUCCCGACAACCAUCAACCAACUACGCCGUUUCUUGGGGAUGGUGAACUACUAUCAGCGUUUUCUUCCCCAGGGUGCCACCAUACUGCGGCCACUCAACAGCCUGUUGACCUACUCCAAGAAGACACUGGUGAUGACUGAAGAGGCCGUUAAGUCCUUCAAUGGCGUCAGGGCCGCACUUGCGCGCGCAACACUGCUUGCCCACCCCCGCGCUGAUGCCCAACUAACUCUCAUGACAGACGCUUCCAGCACUGCCGUUGAUGCAUCACUUCAGCAAACUGUUAGUGGUGUUCUACGGCCUCUGGCUUUCUUCUCAAAGAAGCUCAGCCCAUCAGAGACCCGCUACAAUGUCUUCGGCAGAGAACUUCUCGCCGUCUACUUAUCCAUCCGGUACUUCCGACAUUUCAUCGAGGGUCGCGAAUUUGUCGUUCUAACAGAUCACAAGCCACUCGUUUUUGCACUGAAGGCCUCUCCCGAUCGAUACUCGCCCCGUGAAAUUCGUCAGCGUGAUUUCAUCUCAUAG